GUUGGUUCCAGCAAUAUGGAGUGUGAUUUCAGCUUGAAGUUCCAUCAGCAGCUUCUGCUUAUUGAUGAAGAUCUGGUGUCUGAAGAUGUAGCAGCACUAAAAUUUCUCUGUGCUGACUUGCUCCCUUUCAAAAAGCUAGAACAUGUGAAGUCAGCUGUGGACAUCUUUCAGCUUCUCAUGGCUGAAGAAUAUCUGAAUGAAGAAGAUACUUUCCUACUAGCUGAACUCUUAUACAGAAUUAAAUGUCACUCCUUGCUCAGGAAACUUGGUUAUACCAAGGAGAAGGUGCAAGAAUGUCUGCAUGAGAGAGGAAGAGUGUCUCUGUACAGGCAGAUGCUGUAUGAAUUGUCAGAGAACAUUACCAAUGAGAUGUUGACGGAAAUCAUAUUCCUCCUGCAAAACUAUCUUCCAAAGCGAUGGGUAACUCUUUCCACUCUGGAAUUGCUGAUUGUAUUGGAAAAGCAGGGCCUUUUAGCUGAAGACAAUGUACAGGUGCUGGAGGAAAUCUGUAUGAAGGUUUCACCUGAUCUCCUGGAAACAGUAAAUCACUACAAAAGGACAAAAGUGUCUCUGCCUCAGCAGGAGAACACUCUGCCAGUCAAGGAAUCUUCACUGUCUCACAUUGGAGACAUUGCUUCCCCACAGGAGACCUCAAUCAAAUCUGUCAGUUCUCCUAACUAUGAUAAUAGAGCAGCUAAUCUUACACAAGGCUUCUCUGAAAUUAACCUGAAGCUGCCUGGACAAUUCAGCAAUAUAGAAAAUGAGACCAAGAAGAUGACAAGCUACAAAAUGGAUGGACCACACAGAGGAUUUUGUCUCAUUUUUAAUAAUGUUCACUUUGGUGGAUCUCUUCUGGAGAGGAAGGGUUCUUGCAAAGAUGCUGAGGAACUGGAGCGAGUAUUCACAUGGCUUGGUCUGGACGUGACGACGUACACAGAUCGGACAUCUCAGGAGAUUGAAGAGCUCAUGCGAGCUUGGCAGAAUUUGCAAGCUCACAAAGACAGGGACUGUUUCAUAUGUUGUAUCCUAUCUCAUGGAGAGUCAGGAGCAAUCUAUGGGAAAGAUGAGAAACUUUUAUCAAUCCGUAGAAUCAUGUCCCACUUCACUGCCAAGAAAUGCCCACAGCUGGCUGAAAAACCCAAACUCUUCUUUAUCCAAGCAUGCCAGGGUAAAGAGAUACAGCGUCCUGUCUAUGUUGAAGCUGACGCACAAAACCCUGGCUUGCCUUCCACGCAACACAGUGUUUCUCCUUCUGAAAGUAUUCCCGAAGAGGCUGAUUUCCUCCUAGGCAUGGCCACAAUUGAUGGAUAUGUCUCCUUCCGACACAUUGAACAGGGUGCUUGGUAUAUUCAGGCCCUGUGCAGCAAGCUACAGUUGUUGGUACCAAGGGGUGAGGAUAUUUUGUCAAUCCUUACGGAAGUUAAUGAAGAUGUAGGCAGACGUGUUGACCGCUUGGGAACCAAGAAGCAGAUGCCCCAACCAGCCUAUACCUUGAGAAGAAAAUUGAUAUUCCCAAUACCUAGAGACCCUCCUCCUUCACAGCAACAUCGAGGCUUUUAA